AUGUCUCAAGCAUCCUUCCCAGCUGAAGCCACUCUUGCCGGCAUUCCGUCUGAAACACGGGUUGAGAUCUUCAAGCAAUUGCUGCAAUCUGACCACCCACUCCGCAUCACUUUCAGCGCUGAUGGAUAUCUCCUCCUCGCAGACUAUGACGAGGGUGUGCGUGAGAUCAUGAAGUCUUCGGGCCUCCUUCGUGUCUCUAAGUCGUUCUUCACCGAAGCCUCUACUAUCUUGUACGCUACCAACAACUUUGUGAUGAAAUGGAGUGCGAGUGUUGCAUUGGUCAGCGAAUUCAAGAUGAGCGCAGCAAAAAGCCUCAGACACCUCAAGAUCGAAUGCAAUCAGGUCAAUAGUCCCACUUUCGGUCUGGCACGAUUCAUUGAUGGCUUAAUUCCAAGUACGGCCGCACAACUCAGACAAGUCACAAUCGACUUCAACGAUGAGGUGAAGCUGCUUGCUUGCGUAGCAGAACUUACCAAGGCUGUGACCUCUUGCGGUGCCUUCAAAGUGCCGAUCCUCGAGGUCGUGGUAUUUCCCAGACUCAAGAGAUACAAGAAGCCAGUCGAGACCACUCCGGAGCACAAUGCCAUGGUAUCAACACUGAGACGACGAACCAAGAAGCUUGACGGGCUCCUUCAAACCGCAGAGUCCCAGAGCAACGAUAUCAACAUGUUCUACAAAUACACUGCCCCUGAAUUCGUCAAAAUUAAGAUCGUUGGCAAAAUCGCCAAAGAAUUCCUACCAAAAUUCGAGGCUCACACCUGCGAAUCUGGCCAAUGUGAGAUGAGAAAUCUCUCAAAUACCCAAACCCCUGUCGCCAACAUCAACGACCCAAUGCUGAAGGUCCCACGACGCUACGUCUGGGCCAAGAAAGCCACCACCGCCGCCGCCAACAACGCCCUCCCUGAGGUUAACAUGCGUCGGUGGCUACCGCGCAUGCCGGAGGAGUAUGCAGCAGAGCUGUUGACUGAGUUCAACAUGACAAUGGAGGAGCUUUACCAGCUUUAA